CAAUCUAUCAUGUUCCAAUGAAAGGAAUUACUAAAAAUGUUUCUGCAAGCUUUCUUACCUACCAUACAUUGUCAUCAACUUUCCAAGAUGUUGCAGAAGAGAAACCUGAUGGAGAAAGGAAGGGUGAGGAUGGAAUUCGUCUUAGUCCAUUCGGUUUAGCUGCAUACAAGAUGCAAAAUGAUGUAUGGCUAAACACUCAUACACAAAAGGACUAUGAAAAACUAUAUGAUCUUCAAAAUGCUGUAGGUUCAUGGCUGAAACAACUUUCUUAUAGUCACCAUGACUUCAAUUUCUUCACCGCGCAUUCUAACAUGGAGCAUGGAGGUUACUCAUUAUGAAAUCAUUCACAGCCUCCACCAUCAUUCUUGUUAUGUUUUUUAUAUGGUUUACUCCAAGAAACUGAAACUGAUGUACCCUCUUUCAGUUCAUUUGAUGGGGGGAAAUCGUUAGAUUGUCUAAGAUAUAUUUUCCUUUGUGUUUUGGGAGGGUUUCAGUUUUGUACCAAAUUCGUUGUAGAGCUUUGUAAACAUCUAAUGCAGCUCUAUAUUUCAACAAGUACUAAAAUUUUGGGCCUAGGCCUUGCACAUUUGCUUUUCUCAACAAGUUGUGACAUGUUUCAUUAUGUUGACAUUCAAACCACAACAUAUUAAGUCCAA